GGUUCGUCCCACAGGCACCUGAACCGGGCAUAGCAUUUGCAUCAGGUCAAAACUGCAAGCAUAUAUAAGGGGCACGUCGCGAGGGAAUCUUCACACAUUCACCACACGAUCGUCAUGGAAGCAACAACUGCAAAGACCGCCUACGCUCUGUUCCUGCACCGCGCCGAGCUGCAUCGUCGCCGCACACACUUUGCCAAGGUGUCACAGACGAAGAUACAACUUACUAAUCAGCUGAUUGCCAAGGUGAAGCAGCGCAUGGACUCCUGCAGCUACGAGGAUCUACAGACCUUGGUGCGAGAGCAGCAGUUCAAGCGUUUGCUCGAGAAGAAGCUCCAGCAUCGGGCCAAGCAGCUCAAGGCCCUGGUCAAACAGAACCGCAAGCUGAAGAGACUCCAGUAGAGAAUUUUGGACUUUGCACUAGAUAGAGACUGGACAGCAAUGAAUCAUAGAAUCAUUGCAGUCAUUACUUUGCCUUUAAAAAGGCAAAAAAUUCAAUUUAUGAUAAAAUCAACAAAGUUAGCAUUUAACGGGCAUAUUAGCUAUGACGAUCAUUGCCAUGCAAAGAAAAUCAUUUAGUACAUUUUUUAUAAUUAUUUUAAGUAUUAAGUAUUUUCACUUUCUAAUAAAUUUCUACGAUUUCAAAAAUUUAAAAA